GACCGCCAUGCCCUGCUGGAUGUUACUCCCAAAGCUGUGGACACUCUGAACUACACCCAGUGGUAUCCCAUAGUCAUCUUCCUGAACCCAGACAGCAAGCAAGGUGUCAAGACCAUGAGGAACCGCCUUUUACCCGGAUCCAACCGCAGCGCUCGCAAACUGUAUGAGCAGGCCGUCAAGCUGAGGAAGACCUGCUCACAUCUCUUCACUGCGACAAUCGACCUGAACUCGGCCAAUGACGCGUGGUAUGGCAGCGUAAAAGAUUCAAUCCGGGAGCAGCAGAACAGAGCUGUGUGGGUGUGUGAGGGCAAGUUGGACGGUUCAGAGGAGGACCUGGAUCUCCAUGAUGACCGCAUGUCCUACCUGUCAGCAAUGAGCGCAGACUACCUGAGCAUGGACAGCCGCCUCACCAGCGACUAUGAAGACACAGCAGAUGAGGGCGGGGCUUACACUGACAACGAGCUGGACGAGCAGUUGGAUGAGCCCCAGCCAGUGUCGGCCAUCAGUCGAUCGUCAGAGCCCGUAAUGCCAGACGAGAAAUCUCAUCCUGAACCUCGGGCUCGUAUGAGGAGGUCAGGGAGCAAAGAGGUGCUGAACAGAGAGCCCAGCCCUCCCCCUGCUUUUGUCCCUGAACCCCCAAAGGUGCGGGCUCAGACUCGGACUGACUCAUCGCGGAGCUAUGACUCACACUCCAGCAGCACCAUCAGCAGCGAUGCAGCGGGCGUAAACAAGCCGCCUCCCCCUCCUGUGGCCCUGAAGCCCACCGUCCCCCGUCUGAGCCAGCCGCCAGAGGAGCUGAGCCCAGAGGAGGACCCGGCCAACAAAUCCUUCCUGGGCAAGAUUAAAGCUUUUGAGAAGAUGGACCACCUGGCUCGAGCUCAGAGGAUCCUGGAGCUACAAGAGGCAGAAAAUGCUCGAUUGGAAAUCGCCCAGAAGCAUCCAGACAUCUACGCCGUCCCCAUAAAACUGCCAAAACCCAACCUCAACCGUCCUCAGCCAAUAGGUUCAAGCUCCAAUCCCGAGCAGCAGACUCCCUUCAGGCCGCCGUACUCGGAGUCCAGAGGCUACGAGGACGAUGAGGCGGAGUACCGCAGACAGCUGGCCGAUCAGACCAAGAAAGGAUACUACAACCCGCAGAAAUACAAUGACACUGAGCUGUAAGUUGAAAAACUAGUAAGUAGCAUCAUCACUGCACACGGUGUGAUCACUCUCUCGUCACCACUACAAGCUGACAGCGUUCGUUGCCUUGGUAACAGCUCAUGCAGCUUUGCCUCGAUGUAAACUCUCAGAACUUUUUGUUUGUAUUCAGAUUCCUGGAAAAAUAUCAGACACUUUAUAAUACUGUUGUCUCGCUACUGUACAAAUAUCCUUCCUAUCCUUCCAGGACACACACACACACAAUAUUCUUAUAAAGAGUGUAUUUUGACAAGUUUACUGUCUCAAAAAUGAAAAAUGGCUGAUUUUAUGACUUUUCAGACAUGGUAUUUCAGUGUAUGUAUUUUUAUUUUCCACCUUAAUGCUAACAUCUAGCUCCAGUUUUUGUCUCUCGUGAAUUACCAUUGCAUUUGAGUUUACCUUAGAUCUGUAUAAUAACGGCACUCCCAAUGAACGGUCCAGCUCCAAAUAUAGAACAUUUAUUUGUGGCGGCUGAUGUUUUGAUGCUGGAGGGGCCAAACAAAUAAAUUUAUAUGUUGGAAACCAUGCUUUACUUUUAAUGCCAGUCAGUGUUGUUUGGCAACAUUUUUGGUUUUUCAAAUUUUGCCAGGUAUAUAUUAUUCAGAAGAACCUUACCUCUGUUACUGGACUGUAAUGGAAAAGCAGAGAGCAAAAACUGGAGCUAGCACCAAGCUGCAACCAAACCAUAGCUUUGGUACUGUAGACUGUGUACAGUAUCUAGAUUUUACAUCCUAUUUUGUGCAUUUUUGUGUGUGUGUGCCACCAAUGCUCUAAACUUUCACACUGUCAACUGGCUUGUUUUCGGGAAUGCUCAUAGAAGAACAAUGUAAGAAUCAAACUGUGUCAGUGCAGGUGUCAGCAGCUGAGCUGAUGUCAAACAGGUGUUAGUCUUCCUCUUUUCUGCCAAGUCAAGAUUUAUUGUACCUCUCUACAUUCCUGAUUGGACAUUUGUAUAUAUACACUGUAAUACGUGUGCAAUCUGGGAAGCGGCACACUUUUAAGUGCCUUGUAACUCUGAUGUUAGCUUGGUAAAAAUAUUAUCCACACAGGGUUCUUAAAUUGACAAAACAAUCUCAUGCUUACUAGCUAAGAAAAGACGUCAUGUGGAUGUCAUAAUUACAUGAUAACAUGUCCGUCGUGAAUGCAUUGCACUUUGAUAAAUUAGGGAGACUGUGUGGGUGCAUGUAAAGCAUUUCUGAAUUUAAGUCAGCAGGAAGAGGCGGACCAGAUAAAUGAUGUCAAAGAUUUCACUGUCAGAAUUUAUCAUGAUAAGAUGAUAAUGUGAAUAAUUAAAGGUAAAAUGUGAAGGAUUUAGUGGCAU